GUUCCGGUUUGAAUUCGAUAAAUAAUAUGGAUGAUAUUGUCUAUAAUGAUAGUCAAAUGAAAGACUUUCUCAAGACUUUUAUUGAUCCGCCUGAGAUUUUGAAAAUGAGUUGGUUGAACUUGAAAAUUAACUCAUUGAAAUUGAAUAAAUAAACAAUCGAAUUGGAUUCGAUUGGAUGGUACCAACGAAAUCUAGUGCAGUGCGAAACCCCAUUUAUUAUGGAAUUAUUAUUGAAUUAACCGAUCAACUUGCUUUUCUAUCGAACAUUUUUUUAUUUCAAUAAUUUUCGCAAAAAAAAAUUUCGACAUAUUAUAUUUUAUUAUGAGAAUAAAUCCUACUACUUCUGAUCCUGGGGUUUCCGCGCUUGAAAAAAAAAACUUGGGACGUAUAGCUCAAAUCAUCGGUCUGGUACUGGAUGUAACUUUCCCCCCCCCCCCCCCCCCCCGGAAAAUUCCUAAUAUUUACAACGCUCUGGUAGUUAAGGGUCGAGAUACUGCCGGUCAACAAAUUAAUGUGACUUGUGAAGUACAACAAUUAUUAGGAAAUAAUCGAGUUAGAGCUGUAGCUAUGAGUGCUACAGAUGGUCUAAUGAGAGGAAUGGAAGUGAUUGACACGGGAGCUCCUUUAAGCGUUCCGGUCGGCGGAGCGACUUUAGGACGAAUUUUCAACGUGCUUGGAGAGCCCGUUGACAAUUUAGGUCCUGUAGAUACUCGCACAACAUCUCCUAUUCAUAGAUCUGCGCCUGCUUUUAUACAGUUAGAUACAAAAUUAUCUAUUUUUGAAACAGGAAUUAAAGUAGUAGAUCUUUUAGCCCCUUAUCGCCAUGGAGGAAAAAUAGGACUAUUCGGGGGAGCUGGAGUGGGUAAAACAGUACUCAUUAUGGAAUUGAUCAACAACAUUGCCAAAGCUCAUGGGGGUGUAUCUGUAUUUGGCGGAGUAGGUGAACGUACUCGUGAAGGAAAUGAUCUUUACAUGGAAAUGAAAGAAUCUGGAGUAAUUAAUGAACAAAAUAUUGCAGAAUCGAAAGUAGCUCUAGUAUAUGGUCAGAUGAAUGAACCGCCUGGAGCUCGUAUGAGAGUUGGUUUAACUGCCCUAACCAUGGCAGAAUAUUUCCGAGAUGUUAAUGAAAAAGACGUACUUCUAUUUAUCGACAAUAUCUUCCGUUUCGUUCAAGCAGGAUCCGAAGUAUCUGCCUUAUUGGGUAGAAUGCCUUCCGCUGUGGGUUAUCAACCCACCCUUAGUACCGAAAUGGGUUCUUUACAAGAAAGAAUUACUUCUACCAAAGAAGGAUCCAUAACUUCUAUUCAAGCAGUUUAUGUGCCUGCGGACGAUUUGACCGAUCCUGCUCCUGCCACGACAUUUGCACAUUUAGAUGCUACUACCGUACUAUCAAGAGGAUUAGCUGCCAAAGGUAUCUAUCCAGCAGUCGAUCCUUUAGAUUCAACUUCAACUAUGCUCCAACCUCGGAUCGUUGGUGAAGAACAUUAUGAAACUGCGCAAAGAGUUAAACAAGCUUUACAGCGGUACAAAGAACUUCAAGACAUUAUAGCUAUCCUUGGAUUGGACGAAUUAUCCGAAGAGGAUCGCUUAACCGUAGCAAGAGCACGAAAAAUUGAGCGUUUCUUAUCACAACCUUUUUUCGUAGCAGAAGUAUUUACGGGGUCCCCGGGAAAAUAUGUUGGUCUAUCAGAAACCAUUAGAGGGUUUAAAUUGAUCCUUUCCGGAGAAUUAGAUGGUCUUCCUGAACAGGCUUUUUAUUUGGUAGGUAACAUCGAUGAAGCUACUGCGAAGGCUACAAACUUAGAAAUGGAGAGCAAAUUGAAGCAAUGACCUUAAAUCUUUGUGUAUUGACCCCGAAUCGAAUUGUUUAGGAUUCAGAAGUUAAAGAAAUCAUUUUAUCUACUAAUAGUGGACAAAUUGGCAUAUUACCCAAUCACGCGCCUAUUGCCACGGCUGUAGAUAUAGGUAUUUUGAGAAUACGCCUUACUGACCAAUGGCUAACGAUGGCUCUGAUGGGCGGUUUCGCUCGAAUAGGUAAUAAUGAGAUCACUGUUUUAGUAAAUGAUGCGGAAAAGGGUAGUGACAUUGAUCCACAAGAAGCUCAGCAAACUCUUGAAGUAGCGGAAGCUAACUUGAGUAAAGCUGAAGGCAAGAGACAAACAAUUGAGGCAAAUCUAGCUCUCAGACGAGCUAGGACACGAGUGGAGGCUCUUAAUAUGAUUUCGUAACUAGUUUGUUUUGGUGAUUAUGCCUAUUGGAUAGAAUCAAAUGCAAUCAAGUGUAAUUGAAUUCUAAUGCAACGACAAACCAAUUUCAAUAAAAAAAAUAGAGAAAUAAAGUAGGAUGGAAAAGAUACAAAAUCAAUAAAAGAAGAUGAGUAGAAAAACUUAUUAGAUACCAGAGUCAAGGGUAUGGUAUCUAAUAAGAUAUACCUACUAUUGGAUUUGAACCAAUGACUCCCGCCGUAUGAAAGCAAUACUCUAACCACUGAGUUAAGUAGGUCAUUUAUCAUCACAAAGAGAAAAAAAUGGGGCCUAUGACAUCGAUGGAUUAUAAAUGAAAUAUUACUCAUAGGCAAUACCAAUCAAAGAGAUCACAAAAAAUCGGCUGUUGGAUCAUGUAAUAUUCAUCUUGACAAUAAAUUAUCUACAUGAUAAAAUAUGUAUCACUAGAACAAGCACAAGGGCUAUAGCUCAGUUGGUAGAGCACCUCGUUUACACGCGCGCCAAUGUUUUUCAGAGAAGUCCGUCAUGGAAUCAAAAUAUUUGAUUUUAUUGAUAAAUAGAUGUCUUACUCUAUGUUUUCGGGAAUAAAACAAGAGAACAACAGCCUGACAAAAGGUUCGGUCCAAUCCAGGCGUCCAUUUACAUUUAGGUUCGGUACCAAAUAAAUGGAACCCACCUUUGCGUUGGUUUGAGAUAUUGAUAAGGUGAAUAUCCCAUCUAUUCAAUGCUAGGCAUAAUGAGUAUCAAGACCUCAAAAAAAAUUCUUUUUUCAUCCUAUCUUAUGAUCUUUAAGGUGUAUGAAGUUUCAUAUUUGCUUCUUUAAGUUAAGCGGAAGCGGGUCGAUAGAGACAUACUCCAUUUAACUUAAGUUAAUCUAGGCCAAAAGCAGACCUACGUCAGGAUAAUCCUUCUUUGAAACACCUUGGUAGUGCUCCUUUUUAUUGGAAUCAAAAUAAUGAAUCCGAGCACACGGAGCCAUCUCUUUAUCUUUAUGUCAAGAAAAAAUAUGGUAGACUAGCCGAUAUUUCUUUCAGUUUAUGAAAGAGCCCAAUGCACAAAGAAAUGCAUGUUGGGUCUUUGAAACGGUUCAAAUCAUUUUGAUAAUAAUUAGUUCGAUCUGUUUUACCGAGAAGGUCUACGGUUCGAGUCCGUAUAGCCCUAUAA